AUAUAAAUACCUGCGUGCCCCACCUUCCUUCCUUGCCAGACUACUUCUUUCAAAUUCACAGAUUUUCAGGAGUACAAGCAUUCUUUUUCCUUUUUUUUUUUUUUUUUUCCCUGACAUUCUCUUCUUCCUUAUAUUUUCUGUGAACUUAAUUCUUACCAGCGAGAAUUCUUUAUCUUCCCCUCUUUAUUCGUUGUGCCCUUCCCUUUUGUACUAUAAAUAAUGGCCGCAACGGAUCAAGACGUCUUGUCGCGGUCUUCAUCGACGAGUCAUACGAUCCAAGAAGACCAGAAACGCACGUCCAAAAAUCCCGACAGACCGUCAUCUGAUAUUGAUGAGAAACAUUCCCAAAGUCACCUUACCGAAACCUUCGCUACGAAACAACUCACGACGGACGAAAAACAUAGCAACGACGAUAACGAUAUCACCGACGACAAGGACAAGAAGAAGAAGGAUGGAAAGAAGAAGAAAGAGAAGAAAAAAGCCGUUCCUCUCUAUCGACUUUUCCGUUUCGCCACCCCGCGGGAUUUGUUCAUGAUUUUCGUCGCCAUCAUCUGUUCCGCCGGUAUUGGUGCCAUCCAGCCUGUUACGAUUGUCAUUUUUGGUGAUUUGCUGGGCAGCAUUUCCAGCACCGCCAUGACCAACCCUAGUGCUAUGCUUGAUGUUUCCAUGAAUUUGAUUCUGAUUUUCGUCUAUAUGGGUACAGCCGUCCUCGUCGCCGCCUACUGUGCCAACUGUUUCUGGGUGCUGACCGGUGAAAACCAAACCCGCCGCAUCCGCACCAUGUACGUCCAUGCCAUUCUUCGUCAAGAUAUGGGUUGGUUCGAUAAAGCCGAAGAAGGAUCCCUGACCACGCGUCUUGCCACCGAUACUCAACUGAUUCAAGACGGCAUUUCAGAAAAGUUUGGUCUCUUUAUCACCGCCAUUGCUCAAUUCAUUUCUGGUUUCGUCGUUGCUUUUGUCAAGGGCUGGCAAUUGGCCGUGAUCAUGUUGGCCACCAUGCCUAUCCUCGCUGGUACCGGUGGUGCCAUGGGUUAUUUCAUUACCAAAUAUACCUUGAAGACGCAGACUUCGUAUGCUGAAGCCGGUGCCGUGGCCGAACAAGUGUUUGCCGGUAUUCGCACUGUAUACUCAUUCUCGCUGCAAGAGCGUUUUGCCCGUCGCUACGAUCAAAGUUUGGAAAAGGCCGCGGCUACAGGUAUCAAGCGUGGUGCCAUUCUUGGCUUCGGUUUUGGUGGUUUCAUGUUUGUCCUCUUCUGUACCUAUGGUUUGGCUUUCUGGUAUGGUGCUAAACUUACCAUGCAAGGUGAAAUUGAAGGUCCCACCGUCAUGGUGGUGUUCUUUGCCAUGAUCAUGGGCGCCAUCGCUCUGUUGCAGUUGCCUCCCAAUUUGUCCGCCGUUUCCAGUGCCGCCGGUGCCGCUUACAAGAUCUUUGAGACCAUUGACCGUGUUCCUGACAUUGAUCCCGAUUCCACCGAAGGCAUCAUCCCUGAGAAGCUUGAAGGUGAAAUUGAAUUCCGCAAUGUUCAGUUCAAGUAUCCCACACGUCCCGACAUUACCAUCUUGAAGGAUCUCACCCUCAAGAUUCGUCCCGGUAUGACCGUCGCUUUUGUGGGUCCUUCAGGUUCUGGCAAAUCCACAAGUGUUCAGUUGGUCCAGCGUUUCUACGAUCCUUUGGCUGGUCAAGUGCUUUUGGAUGGCCGCGAUCUCAAGUCGUUGAAUGUCAAGUGGCUCCGUGACCAGAUUGGUGUCGUCAGUCAAGAACCGGUUCUCUUUAAUAUGACGAUUCGUCAAAACUUGCUCAUGGGUGUUCAGCGCGAGGUGACUCCUGAAGAAAUUGUCGACGCCUGUAAAAAGGCCAACUGUCACAUGUUUAUUUCUCAAUUGCCUAAUGGAUACGAUACCUUGGUCGGUGAACACGGUGGUAUGAUGUCCGGUGGUCAAAAACAACGUAUUGCUAUUGCCCGUGCCAUUCUCAAGAAUCCUUCCAUUCUUUUGUUGGAUGAGGCCACCUCUGCUUUGGAUACCCAGUCGGAACGCUUGGUGCAAAAGGCUUUGGAUGCUGCUGCGGCCAACCGUACUACUAUUGUCAUUGCUCAUCGUCUGUCCACUAUUCGCAACGCCGAUUUGAUUGUCGUUAUGCAGCAAGGCGAUCUUAUUGAACAGGGUACCCACAACGAACUUCUUGCAUUGAAUGGUGUGUACGCCGAUUUGGUCCGAAAACAAGAAAUUGCUACCAAACAAGUCGGUCACCAGGAAGAAGAAAUUGAUGACGAAGAACUCUUGCUCAAGGAAACCGUUCAGCUUAAAGAAGAAGUGGAAGCCGUGGAAAAUAUCCAGGUUAUUGCCGAAAAAGCGCCAUCAUUGGAUCUUGCCAAGGUUACAAGCCGUUCUUCUGUCGAUGCUUUCCAGUUGAAACUUAAAAAGGAAAAGGAAGAAAAGAAGUUGGCCAAGAAACAAAAGGCGCCUAUCGGCAAAGUUCUCCGUCAAAUGCGUCCGGAAUGGCCUUUACUUGCUCUUGGUGUGGCUGGUGCGGCCAUCGCUGGUGCUGUCUUCCCUUGUUUCGCUUUGAUUCUCGCUCAAGUCAUCAACAUCCUUAUCAUGAGCGCCGAUCCUAGUCGACGUUCUGCCAUUGCUCCUGGUCCUAUGCAGGGUGCCAAUUUGUAUGCCUUCUUGUUCGUCGUCGUCGCUAUUGCUGCCCUCUUCGGUUUUGCUACCCAAGUCAUCAGUUUCGAAACCGCCGGUGAACGUUACACUAAACGUCUUCGAGGCGCCAUUUUCCGUGCUUACAUGAGACAGGAAAUCGGUUAUUUCGAUGAAGAAGAACACAGUCUCGGUGCAUUGACCUCCAAGCUCGCUAUCGAUGCCAAGAACGUCAACGAAAUGGUGACCAAGACAUGGGGUGAUAUCACCCAAAUCAUUGUUACUGGCAUUGUUGGUCUUGUCAUUGCUUUUGUUCACAGUUGGACUUUGACUUUGAUCAUCUUGUGUAUGGCUCCUUUCAUCAUGUUUGCCACCGGUUAUGAAUCCAAGAUUCAUCGUGGUUUCGAAGAUGUGACCAAGAAAGCCAACGAGCAAAGUGGUGAAGUCGCCGGUGAAGCCAUCAAAGAAAUCCGUACGGUGUGUGCUCUCAACAAGCAACCUUUCUUUGAAGGAAAAUACUACAAGGCCACCGAUCAUCCUCACAAACUCGCUCGCCGCAAGGCCAUCACUGCUUCCCUCGGUUACGGUCUCCACCAGGGUAUUACUGUGUACACCAAUGCUGUUGCUUUCUAUGCUGGUAUCCGUUUAAUGAGCGAUGGAAAGAUCGAUUUCCUUCAGAUGUUCACCACCAUGAUGACGAUUAUGAUUACCGCCCAGAGUGUCGGACGUGCCAGUGUGUUUACCCAAACCUUUGCCAAAGCUAAAUUUUCUUCUCUCGCUGCCUUUGCUGUACUUGAACGUGUUCCCAGCAUCGAUCCCGAUCUGGAAGGCAUUGAAACUGAAAAGGUCAAGGGUGAAGUCGACUUUAAGGAUAUUACUUUCCGCUACCCUUCGCGCCCCGAUGUGCCUAUCUUCAGUGGUGAAUUUAACUUGCAUGGUAAGGCCGGUACUACUAUUGCUCUCGUCGGUCCCUCGGGUUGCGGUAAAUCCACCACUAUUGGUAUGCUCCAACGCUGGUAUGAUCCUCUCGAUGGUACGGUCCGUUUGGACGAUCACAAUGUCAAGGCUUUCAGUGUGAACAAUUUGCGCAGCCACAUGGCUUUGGUCGGUCAAGAACCCGUUUUGUUCGAUAUGUCGAUUGGUGACAAUAUUCGAUUUGGUGUUGACGAACACAAGACCAUUACCCAAGACGAUGUCGAAGCCGCUUGUAAAGCGGCCAAUAUCCACAAUUUCAUUAUCGGUCUACCCCAAGGUUACGAUACCCGUGUUGGUGAUAAAGGAAGUCAGUUGUCUGGUGGUCAGAAGCAACGUAUUGCCAUUGCUCGUGCGUUGAUCCGCAAGCCUAAGAUCCUUCUUUUGGACGAAGCUACUUCCGCUCUGGACAGUGAAUCCGAAAAGCUGGUGCAAGCCGCCAUUGAUAACAUUCUUGAGGAAGGUGGCCGUACGACCAUUACCAUUGCUCAUCGCUUAUCCACUAUUCAGAAUGCCGAUUUGAUUUGCGUUGUGAAGAACGGCCGAGUCAUUGAACAGGGCACUCACUGGGAACUUCUGAAACUGAAUGGCACUUACAGCGAACUGGUGCAUCAACAAUCCUUGAACGCCAACUAAAUACACUCUCAUUCUUUUAUAUAUUCUUUCUGAUUAGCAUUUUUCUCUACCCUGUCUCAACACACUUUUUUAUACUCAUUACAUACAUCUGUACACUAAAAACUAUUUAAACUGUAGUUCAUGUAUUUUUUCAAUUCCCCUUUAGCUGUAGUGAUCUAUAGAAGAAGAAAAAAAAACGAAAUCCUAUUUAAUCAAUACAUACCAAAACAUUUGCUUAGUUACUAUAA